CGGAAAAAUCGCCGAGUAUUUACAGCAACGCCACACCAACCGAAUUUUCUAAUUUCAACCCCUAUUUCGUCAUUUCCGAAUUUCCUCUUUUUUUUUUUUUCCUUCAUUUUAAAAGUUCUUUCGUGUUUUGUAUUUUUUCACUUUUUCGUCGUCCUCCUUCUGACUGGGCAGACUGUGUCUUGCAGAAAAUAGAGAAACAGAGCACAAAGCAGCUCUCUGCUCUCUACCAGCUAAGCCUGAGUCGAAAUAACCCUAGAACCUCGGCUUCUAUGGAGAAUGUUUCGCAUUCUCGUCCACCAAACAAGGGCUAUCAUUCUACAUUCUCUGAGAAAGCUUGCAAUGACGGCAAGUUGGCCGGUAAAACGAUGUAUGAUGACGUGUAUGGCGGACAGCCGAGGUUCGGAGUUCCGACUUUGUCUCCUCGGCCAGAGGACUACAGUGAGAUUUUCGGCGGAUUCCAUGUUUCCCUGGCCACGUCGAUUCCAGUGCUCGAUCUUCCCGUAGUUGACGAGGAGGAGAUUUUCUUUGAUGUGCGGAGCUGUGGGUUUGACUACGGCGAGGUUUUCGGCGGAUUGGACGGCCUGGAUUUUGCGACCUCCUAUGAAGAGUUGUUUACGCAGUCCAAUGGUGGUGGUGGUGAUCGUGAUGGUGACCUCAAUGUCGAUUCGUCUGAAGAAGCUUGGAUUCCAGCAGAAAAUGAAUCUCUGUCAGGAGACUCUGAUCACUCUGGAAAGAAUCAAUUUUCAACAAAUGGAGACCCUUAUGAGCCGAUUGAUAGCAGUAUGGAGUUCAGCAUAUCAUAUCAGAGAAGCAACAGAGAUUUGACGAAUGGGAUUACAUGUAUUUCACAGCUAAGCAAUCCUGAAUAUACUUGUGUACUUGAUGAAACCGUGCCUUUGAAAAAGACAGAGUAUAAGAAUCCACCAGCGCAUGUCCAUGAUGAUGGCAAAGUAAAACAUCUCAGGAAAACCUUAUCACAUCCCACCAAGAGGAAUGCUGGUGCAGGGGUGUUUGCAAAUAACCUUGAAUCAAAUAGAAGCUAUGAAAAGGUUGGCCUUCUUUCCGAUGAGAUGUUUGUAACAAUUUCUGAAAUCAGCCUCAAAACCCAGCCAUCUGAGGUGCCACCUCCAUGUAGACCACCACCAAUACUAGACAGUAAAAGUAAAGGCUAUGAAGACAGUCAAACUGCCACUUCUGGAGAGACAGUUGGUAAUAAUUCACCACCUUACUUUGAUGUGGAGAUAGAUUCUAGUUCGGCAGCUGCAGCCUCUGCUGCUGCUAUGAAAGAUGCAAUGGAGAAAGCUCAGGUGAAGCUGAAAAGUGCAAAAGAACUAAUGGAUAGGAAGAGAGCUGUCCAGAAUUGCAUGGAACCAAGUUCAAAGAGUGAUGCCAAAGAUAAGAAAGAAAAGUUAAGUAACGUUGUUGAUGGAUCCAGAAAUGUAAAAGAUAAGAGGGUGCAGGGCAGUCAUACAGUAGAAGAUAGUGGAAUGAAGCCUUCUAUUAGGCAGGAGAAAAAAGAAGUUAUGAAGAAUACACAGGCAGUUUCAAAUCCACUAGAAAAAGAGAGAGCUUUUAAUGUGGCUAAAAUGCCUGCAGAUGAGAAACUUGGAAAGGAAUCCCCGUCAUCUCAAGGGUCUGAUAAAAUUGAUGUAGCUGAUGAAUGGCAGGAAGCUACACAAUUUUUUGAAUUGGUGAGAACAGAUAAGUCAAAAAUGGCUUUUGUGGAGACAGGCAACUGUAGUGUUCCAGUUGAGAAGACAAAAAGAAAUGACCAUCAGCUAAAGGCAGAAAAGGUAGCCACAGAAGCAUUGAAGCAGCAAGAAGACAGCCAGUGUAAAGAAAAUGCAAUUAGAGAAGGUCAUCAAUUGGAGAAAGUUUUGAAAAACUUGAAGACAGCAAAAGAAACUUGUGAAAGGGGGGGAAGCACAGCCAGAUCAGAAGCGGCUAAAGGGGUGGCUCACAGGCAUAAAGGACAUGAAAAGAAGGGAAAAGUGGCUCGUGUGGUUAUCAAACUGGAAGAAAAUGAAGUGAAAUCCAGAAUGGUCCAGCCUUUCGAAAAUGGGAAGAAACCUACUGCAGUGGAAGAAUCACAAAAAUGUGAGAAGCAGGUAAAUGGCCAAGAAAAUGAAAUUAAAUUUGAAGUUCAGCAGGCUGUGAAGCAUAAAGAGGAUGAGCAGCUAAGAAAAGAAACUAGUAAAAGUAUGGAAAAUCAGAAAGGAAGUAAUCAGUGUCAAGAAACAAAAGAUGGUGAGAAGAGACAAAGUGAGGUUUUUGUGUCAGAUGGAAAUGAUACGAGGCUUGAGCAGGCUCAUGAACAAGCAGAAAAUGAGAAGAUGAUGGAGGGAGCUCAUCAGCAGGAGGAAAAAGAAGACAAGAGUUUGAAGCAGGCUUGUGAACUAGUAGAAAAUGAAAAGAAAGAGAAAGAGGCUGACGAACUAGAUGAAGGGGAGAUGAUAUGGAGAAAGGCUCUUGAGCAGCUAGAGAAUGAGAAGGGGCUGAAGCAGGCUCUUGAAUGGGAAGAAAAACAGAAAGAAAGAGAGACUUAUCCAGAAGAAGAAAAUGAGAAAAGAUCCAAACAGGUUCUUGAGCAGGAAAAUAAUGAGAAGAAACAAAAAUUGGUCUAUGAAAGGGGAGAAAUUGAGAAUAGAAUUGAACAGGAUCACCUUGAGAAUGAUGAGACUGAGAAGCCACUGGAAGAGGCGUUUGAGCUAGAAGAUAACAACAGAACUUUGAAGGAGGCUUGGGAUGGGGAGUAUGAAAUGAAAAGAAAACUCACACUUGAGCAGGAAGAAUAUGAACUAACAGGAGUAAAUGAAGUGCACUUGCAAACUGAGAAGGAUAAAUUAGGGGAAAAGGUCAGAAUUGAUGAAGGAGCUCAUCAGCAUAUGGGGGGUGAAGAUCUCACAGCAUCUGAGGAGGUAUGUAAGCUUGAUUCCCAUGCAAAAGCCAGAUUGGGAAGAGGUCCUGAUAAAAUCUGUCAUGAACAGGAAAAAGCACAAAAAACUGUUCUUGUUGAGGACAGUGGAAGGAUGCGGGCUAAAUAUAGAGAUUGUGAAAAGAGAUCAGACACCACAGAGGAGGAGAAUCUUGAUAGAAAAUCUGGUUUCUCUGGAAUGGACCAGGAUGAGUUAGAACAUGCAGCAAGCCAAUUAAGAAAGGAAGAUGUCUCUAGUUUGUAUCAUCAAGAUGACAGUGCAAAGAAAGCUGGAAUUAUUAUUGGACUAAGAAACGCUGAGAAAAUUAAAAGUGUCUUGAGCAUGGGCUCCAGUGGUGAAAAGCAAGGAAGAAAACCUGCUUAUGAAUUGAGGGAGAUAGGAAAAAAUUUUACUGAGGCCUUAACUGCCUCAAAUCAGGAGGAAGACAAGGAUAAGUUUGUCCCAACUCUGGUAAAAGAGUCUGCUGAAACUGGAAGGAAAAUAGUAGCUGCUCAGUCAUCUGUCCUGGAAGUGAAAGGAGACACUCCCAGAACUACACAGCCAGUUAAGAUAAGUGAGAACACAGAAAGGAGAGAGAAGAAUGUUAGUGAGAGCCUUACAUUCAAAGAAAAAGAGACUGAAAGGAUGAAAAGAGAGAUAGAACUAGAAAAAGAACGUCUUAGAAAGAUAGAAGAAGAGAGGGAGAGGGAGCGGGAAAGAGAAAAGGAUAGGAUGGCUGUUGAUAGAGUGACACUUGAAGCCCGUGAAUGGGGAUAUGCUGAAGUCCGUGAGAGGGCUGAAAGGGCAGCUUUGGAGAGAGCAACAGCUGAAGCUCGACAGAGAGCAAUGGCGGAAGCUCGUGAAAGAUUAGAGAAGGCAUCUGCAGAGGCUAGGGAGAAGUCAUCUACCGAUGCCAGGCUCAGAGCUGAGCGUGCUGCUGUAGAGAGAGCAACUGCAGAGGCUCGGGAGCGUGCAGUGGAAAAGGCAAUGGCUGAAAGGGCUGCUUUUGAGGCAAGAGAAAGAGUAGGAAGAUCUGUGUCAGAUAAAUUCUCUACUUUUUCCAGAAAUACUGGAAUGGGAACAUGUUCUUCAUUCUCAGAUCUGCAGAAUCAGCAAUUUCAGAGCACUGGUUCCUUUAAUGGUUCAAGAUUUUCCUCAGAUUAUAAUGGAGUUGAAGGCGAAUCAGCUCAGAGGUGUAAAGCUAGACUGGAAAGAUAUCAACGGACAGCUGAACGUGCAGCAAAAGCUCUUGCUGAGAAGAAUAUGCGUGACCACCUUGCUCAAAGAGAGCAAGCAGAGAGAAAUAGACUAGCUGAAACUCUGGAUGCGGAUGUCAAAAGGUGGUUGAGUGGGAAAGAGGGCAAUCUCCGGGCGCUGCUUUCAACUUUGCAAUAUAUUCUUGGGCCUGAUAGUGGUUGGCAGCCAAUUCCACUGACAGAAGUUAUCACAUCAGCUGCUGUAAAAAAGGCUUACAGGAAAGCCACUCUCAGUGUUCAUCCUGAUAAACUACAACAACGGGGCGCCAGUAUUCAACAAAAGUACAUUUGUGAGAAGGUCUUUGAUCUUCUAAAGGAAGCUUGGAACAAAUUCAAUUCAGAAGAGCGGUAGAAGUCUAUGUCGGCCAAUUGCAUGUUUCUAUUAUAGCAAGUAAAUAUCAUUUCUUUUGAUAAUUGUAGCUUAACCCUGUAGUAUCUGUAUGUAAUUUUAGAUAAUAAGAAUACUGGUAGAGGAAAAUUAAUGAAGGAAGAAGAGUUGGUAUGUAGUGAUUAAGUGAUUUAAGGAAAGUGCAGUCAUGAGCCUGCGUGGCAUGGAGGGCAUGAUGAAGGGGCCGACAUUAUAGUUGGUGUGACGCUGAUAAAUUCAAUGUUGUUCUCUUAUAGUUGCUUUCCAUGCAGCCUUUUCUGCCAAAGUUCUCAAUGCAAAAUACUUCUGUACGUAUAUAUAAAUAUAUAUUUCCAUCACAA